AUGGAGCAGACCACUCCACCCGACAGCGGCCAGGCCGCUGUGCAGCAGAUGUUUACAACUCUGCUCGGAGAGAUCGCCUCUUUGCGAAAGCAGAACGACGACCAGCAACGCCAGCUCGAGCACCUGCGGCGCGACAUGUCAUUAUGUCUCGAACGAUCGGACAACUCCCCGCAACGCUCGCGGAUGCCGCAUUUCAAACGCCUCCCGUUAGAGGUCAGGGAGAUGAUAUGGGAGCUCGCGAUGCCGAGUCGGCUCCUUGGCUUCGAGGGCGUCACCCGGGAGCAGGGUGUUCCGUCGGCUCUGUCCGUUCCGGCUGUCGCCCAGGUCUGUCGGGAGUCCCGACGUGUUGUCAUGUCGCGAAAGAGCCUCGUCGCCCUUAGCGGCAGGUCGACUCACUUAGAGGGCCCAAGUCAAUUAUGGCGGCUUGACUAUACGGAAUCGGGCCUUUGGACGUGGUUUACACCCCGCAAAGACGCCUUACUGAUCAAUCCGCGCAACUUCACGCCUUACGAGCGCUCUCAAAGGAACCACCUUAUAGUUCAGUCGGCGGAGCACAUCGUCAUCGAGGAUUGUUCGCUCUGGUACCGGCUCUUCGAGAACUGUAUUGAUGACGACGACUUCGUGACACUGAAACGCCUUAGCACUUGGGUGCAUCAACUGGUGCCGGAACCUGAACUCAUUCAUUCGUCAGGCGAUGCUGCUUACAACCUACGCACCGUCGACUUUGCCAUGAGCACGGUGACGAAGGUGGACCGAAGCUACCCUCCGAACUUUGUGCGUCGUCUAUUCGCCGAGGACGAGGUCAGGAUCGUCGAUCUGAGAGACGAAGAGGCUGUGCGUGGAAUUGGAAGUAUGCUGGAGCACGAGGUAUCCCAGGUCAUGGAUUCAAACCUGCCUCUGGAAUUCCCCACCGAAUUGCAACACAGCUAUAAUAGCUUCAGAGCCGCCGCUGGUGAUGUUUUCCUACACGUCAGGGCAUCAUUGCUGAGCGCCCUGGCCGGCUGCUACCACUACUCAUCAAGUCUGGGUGGUCCAAAGCCUCUCGCAACUCUGCCAUCGCCGUUCAGGGGCGACGAACUAGACAUGGAAGUCGCCUGGGUGAAAGAGCUCGCCAAACGCAUAAUCGUUCGGCCGGUCCACGUUUUCGUCCGAGACGAUGGCAUGCCACGUCCAAGCGGCCCGGAGCCACCAGGUCGAAGCGCAGGACGUCGUGUGGGGUCUUUCAGGCCAUGA